UCUUUCGAGGGUUACCAGCUUUUAAAUAUUUUUCCAGAGGUUAAAAAUUAAUUUCCAAAUGAAUAUCUGAGGUGGGUCGCAGUCCUUGGCAGAGACAUAAACCCUAUCUCCAACAUGAAGCUCGCUCAUGUUAUUCUGUUAUUUUUGUGCUUCUACUCAAGUGCUUGUAAGCUCACUUCAACAUCACACACAUUUCAAGAGGAUCUAUUGGAUAGAAAUUGCUUAACAAAAAAAUACACACAUCUCUCCUGUAAUAAAGUCUUCUGCCAACCAUGGCAGAAAUGCAUUGACAGGACCUGUACCUGCAAGCUUCCUUAUCAGUGCCCAAAGAAUGGUACCACGGUGUGCUCAACUAAUGGAAAAAGUUACCCAACUUACUGUCAGCAAAAGAGUUUUGAAUGUCUUCGUCCACAGGCAAAGUUUUUAAAUAAUGGAACAUGUACAGCUGAAGGACAAUUUAGUGUUUCCUUGAAGUAUGGACAAACAGAGUUAGAGGGAAUUGUUGAAGUCCAACUUGUGGGCCAAGAUGAGAAAGCGUUCAUAUGUAAAAGCAGCUGGAGCAUGACCCAGGCCAACGUGGCCUGCCUGGACCUUGGCUUUCCACAGGGUGCUCUCCGUACUCAAGGAAGAUUUCUUAUGCCUGAAGAUGCCUCUGUAAAUGAGACUGAAUGCCUGCAUGUGCACUGUCGAGGAUUAGAGACCAGUUUGGCUGAAUGUACUUUUACUAAAACAAGAACUAACAGAUCCCAGAAAUUAGCUAGUGUGGUGUGUUACACACAGAAUGCAGAUCCAACACACGACUUGUUUCAGUGCGUGAAUGGGAAAUACAUUCCUCAAAAGAGGGCCUGUAAUGGAAUCAAUGAUUGUGGAGACCAAAGUGAUGAGCUGUGUUGUAAAGGGUGCCAAGGUGAAAGUUUCCUUUGUAAAUCAGGGGUUUGUAUUCCACGGCAGUAUAAAUGCAAUGGUGAGGUGGACUGCAUCACAGGAGAAGAUGAAAUUGGUUGUGAAGAAGCUGGACAUCCUGAAAUUCGAGUCCUUCCACCUAUGGCUCAAGAGGAAACUGAAAUCUUGACUGCUGAUAUGGAUGCAGAAAGAAAAAGGAUAAAGUCAUUUUUACCUACACUAUCCUGUGGAGUUAAAGACAACACACACAGUCGAAGGAAACGAGUGGUGGGAGGACAGCCCGCACACAUGAAGGACUUCCCGUGGCAGAUGGCAAUUAAGGAUGGAGACAAAAUCACCUGUGGAGGAAUUUAUAUCGGUGGCUGUUGGAUGCUGACUGCUGCACAUUGCGUCAGAGUCAGUAAAAUUCAUCGUUACCAAAUAUGGGCAGCAUUGCUAAACUGGUUUAGGCCUAACUCUGAGGUAAAAAUUCAGUAUGUGAAUAGAAUUAUCAUCCAUGAAAACUACAACGGAGGCACCUACCAAAAUGACAUAGCUUUGAUUGAAUUGAAGAAACACCCAAGCAAAAAAGAAUGUGUGCUGCCUUAUACCAUCCCUGCCUGCAUCCCCUGGUCUCCGUAUCUAUUCCAACCCAAUGAUAGAUGCAUUGUUUCUGGAUGGGGUCGAGAAAAAGAUAACGAAAAGGUCUAUUCACUCAGGUGGGGUGAAGUUAAAUUAAUAGGCAACUGCUCCAAGUAUUACCCAAAUCGCUACUAUGAAAAAGAAAUGCAAUGUGCAGGUACAGAUGAUGGUUCCAUCGAUGCCUGUAAAGGGGACUCCGGAGGCCCUUUAGUCUGUACAGAUGUUAACAAUGUGACUUAUGUUUGGGGUAUUGUGAGUUGGGGUGAAAACUGUGGAGAAAAAGAGUUCCCAGGUGUUUACACCAAAGUGGCCAAUUAUUUUGACUGGAUUAGCAACCAUGUGGGAAGGUCUCUUAUUUCUCAGCACAAUGUAUAAAACUGUGAUCUCCUUCUCCUCCUACUCUUCUAUUAGAGUUCCAUUUUAAUUGAAAUGAAAGAGUGUGUAAGUAAUACUUCUCUGGGUAAAAACAAUGAAGCAAAUUUUAUUGGAUACUUUCCCAGGUCUCUAAAAUUGCUACUUUGGAAUCUUGCCGUAUAACCCGCAGAUAGAAACUUUCGGCAGGCAUACAAAUUUUAUUUACCGGAAAAAUUGAUUAAAUUAUCUCUCUGUACAAAAGCGAUGUAUUGACUAUACUAAAGGUUUGGCUAGUGAAUGAAUCUGGAGUCAGAUUAGCUUGGGUUCAAACCCCAGCUCUCCCACCUACUAACUGCUUGACCCUGGGUGAUUUGUUUUCUUAGUGUCUCAUUUUUUCAUCUGUAAAAUGGAAACUGGAAUUUCGUGAAAAUAAAACUACAUACUUACUAAAAA